AUGGAUUCGGCGGACCUGCGAUUCUUGGGCCUCGGAGCUGCCUUCAAUGGCCCGGCGUUGGAGCUGCAGCGCCGGGUCCGCCCUCCGCUUCAACCGCCGGUGCCUUUGCGCUUCAGCGGGCACAGAGGUUUGCGCUUCUGCACCUGGAACGUGCUCGCACCGAGCUACGCGCUGCACAAGUCCUUCCCAGAUGUGGACCGAGAACACCUGAAGACUGCGCACCGGCUGCCACUGCAGAGGGAAGUCCUCGCUCAAGUGGAUGCCGACGUCUUUUGUCUCCAGGAGAUCGAAAAUUCCGAGCAGUGGCAGGAGCACUUGGCAGGCCUGGGCUACGGCACUGCCUUCGCGCCACGCCCGAACCGUGCAGAUGGGUGCCUCAUCGCCUGGCGGCUGAACCGCCUCAAGUGUUGCGGCCAACUGCUGGUGGAUUUUGAUGAAGUCCUGGCGUCACAAAGUCUGGCGCCAGCAGUGUUCGCCAGGUUCGCCCGGAAGAAUGUGGCGCUGGUGGUGGAGCUCGACCUCGGGGACGCUCGCUUCCUGGUGGCGACCACCCACUUGUACUGGGGCAGCGAGCACGAGGAUGUGAGAGUUUGGCAGCUCCAGACGCUGCUGGAGGCGGCGAGCAGCUUUGGCCACCAGCCGCUGGCUUUGUGUGGGGACCUGAAUUUGCUGCCCGGGGGAGACGCCUACAAGCUGCUGCGGAACGGUUCCUUGGACGUGCCCCAGAGGUUCCAAAACGUGGAGCGCUUUCUGGUGGACCGAGACAUCUCCAAGGCAGCCAAGCCUUUGCGCCUACUCGGACUGGACGUGGUGGUGGAGAGCCCAGAGGAGCGCUUGCAGCGCCCGGAGGCGGCGCAGGGUCUGCGAGCGGCCAAACUGCCAGUGGUGACCCGCGCAGCUCGCGAGCGCCGAGUUCUGGUGUCCGCCUCCAAAAGGCUGGUGGUGCGCGCCGAUGCGGCUCUCGCCUAUUUCCUGGACGCCCGGGACUUCGAGCGCUCAUUGGCCCAGCUCUGCGUUGAUCUCUCCGUGGACCUGGGGGAAGAGCACUUCUUCACCCGCUGCGUGAAAUGCAAUGGCCGGGUCUUCCCCCUGGCAGACACAGCGCAGGAGAAUGAACGAGCUGCGGCGUUUGGCGCACCAGGCAGCGUGCCGCUGUUUACCUGCGCCCAGUGCGGGCAGAUCUACUGGUUCUCCCACGACGAGGGCAGUGCCUCCGCGCGCGCCAGGUUGCAGGUGGAAACCCUCGUGAAGCUCGUGGGCCAGUUGAAGACAGAGAGCACAGGAGAUGUGCACAAGGACACUCAGGAUGGCUCCGCCGAAUUCCUGCGAAACGGCGGCGGUCGACUUCGUCAUGACUGGAAGCUUUGCUCAGCCUAUGAGGACGUGGAGUUGCAGUCAGAGGCCGUGGUGAGCAAUUCAAAGUAUGGAUUCCAUGGCUGCAUUGACUACAUUUGGUUGAGUUCGGACUUCUGCCCGCAGGGUCGUUUGCAGCUGCCAACCUGCUGCCAGCUGCAGGAGGAUCCAGAGAAGCCUUUGCCAUCUCUGGUGUCCCGUGGCUGGCCUUCAGAUCACUGGCCUCUGGCCUCUGACCUGGGCCUUCGGAAAAAAGCGUGCGGUCUGAGCCAUGUGCUUGAGAAAUAA